AUUUAAAUUUAAAACUAUAGCUUCACCAUUAUAAAAAUAAAAUAAAAAAACUAUAGCAUCAUCAUUCACCAUCUUCAAUAAUCAUAAACAAACACAUUAAUCUUUCACUCUCUUCAAUUACUUUCUCUCUCUUCAACUCUCUGUGUGUGUGUGAUGUUAGAGAGAGAAAAUGAAGCUCUCAACACUGUUACUGAACCGUCGGAGCAACAACAUCAAAGAAUCGUCGCCGUUUGAAUCCACCGGCGAUGUCACCGGAAAAUCUCCAGUAAGCACUUUAUCGCUCGUUCUUCAUGCUUCGUUUUGCGUCAUAAGCCUCGCUUUAGGAUUUCGUUUAUCUCGCAUUUUCUUCUUGUUUCUCUUCUCUACUUCGUCUGCAAAUUUCUAUACUGUUCCGUUUGGUACCGGAGAAAUCUCCGUUCCGCUCCGUGUUCAUUCUUCUGUUAAAAUGACUCCGAUCGCGAACGUUGAAAAUCCGGCGAAAAAGGAAGGUGUUACCGGUGGUAGUCGAGUGGUUGUUGGCCGGCACGGGAUCCGAAUUCGGUCGUGGCCGCAUCCGAAUCAAGAUGAGGUGAUGCAGGCUCAUCGGAUACUUGAGAGAGUUCAAACGGAACAGAAGGCGUUGUUCGGAGUGAAGAACCCUAGGACGGUUAUUGCAGUUACGCCGACGUAUGUGCGGACGUUCCAGAAGCUUCAUUUGAUCGGUGUGAUGCAUUCACUGAUGCUUGUGCCGUAUGAUCUGGUGUGGAUCGUCGUGGAAGCCGGUGGUGUGACCAAUGAGACUGCUUCAAUUGUUGCCAAUUCAGGGCUGAGAGUCAUUCACAUUGGCUUUAAUCAUCGGAUUCCGAUUUCGUGGGACGCUAGGCAUAAAUUGGAAGCUCGAAUGCGACUUCAUGCUUUAAGAAUUGUGAGAAAAGAGAAGUUGGAUGGAAUUGUGAUGUUUGCUGAUGAUAGUAAUAUGCAUAGUAUGGAGUUAUUUGAUGAAAUUCAGAGUGUGAAGUGGAUAGGGGCAGUUUCGGUUGGAAUACUUGUUCAAUCUGAUACCGAUGAAUCUUCAAGCUCACUGAAGGAGGAGGUGUCACCAAUGCCAGUACAAGGUCCUGCCUGUAACGCGACAAAUCAUUUGGUUGGGUUGCAUACCUAUGAUUCAUCAAAAUAUGCAAAGAGAAGUGCAUUUUACAUUGGUGAUAGGGCACCUGUGCUACCUAGAAAGCUUGAGUGGUCUGGGUUUGUGUUGAAUUCCAGGUUGGUUUGGAAGGAUCUUGAUGAUAAACCAGACUGGAUUAAGGAUAUUAAUGCGUUAGAUGGAGCUGAUGAGCACAUAGACAGUCCGCUGUCUCUGCUGAAAGACACCUCUGUGUUAGAACCACUUGGGAGUUGUGGACGCCAAGUUUUGCUUUGGUGGCUGCGGGUUGAAGCUCGCACAGACAGCAAAUUCCCACCUCAAUGGAUAAUUGAUCAUCCUCUGGACAUCACUGUCCCCUCAAAACAUACACCAUGGCCAAAUGCACCUCCUGAGAUCCCAAUUAAGGAAAAAGUGCUAACUGGCACACAAGAACAGACGACCGCCAAGCAUUAUUCUACAAAGACUAGAACAUCCAGAUCUAGGCGUAGCUGGAGUAAGAAAAAGCAUGACACCAAAGUGAUAGGUGUGCAAGUCUCUACACAUUCUGAGCAAAACUGAGAUGUCUAUAAAUGCAAAUUUAGGAAUAUAUACUGUUUUAUGAAUACGAGACUGCCUCUACCGGCCCUCAUUGACAAGAAUCUGGAUAUAACAAAUGAAGAGGCUGAUGUUCUUACUGGAUACAUACUAGUAAACUGGAUUUUACCCUACAUGGGACAACAAUUGUUCAUUUGAGUCUGAUUCACUCUAUUUUUUCAUAUUGAUUGUUUUGGCCAUUUUGUUUUAGGGUGAUAUAUAUUCCGUUAACCUGAAGCAAUGUCAUAUUUGUUUUGCAACAUUUGCUUCAUGGAAGGAAGCUUGUAAAAAAUUUCAUUAGUUGUAAUUGUAAUACAAGUUCUUCUCAAUAGGAGUAUAUAGUUUUUUGGUUA